AUGGAGGCUGGCUCGGUGGUCCGAGCCAUCUUUGACUUCUGCCCCAGCGUCUCCGAAGAACUGCCUCUCUUUGUGGGUGACGUCAUCGAGGUGCUGGCCGUGGUGGAUGAAUUCUGGCUUCUGGGGAGGAAGGAGGGUGUCACAGGACAGUUUCCCAGCAGUUUUGUGGAAGUUGUGACCAUUCCCAGUCUGAAAGAGGGAGAGAGGCUGUUUGCCUGCGUCUGUGAAUUUACGUCCCAGGAACUGGACGGUCUUUCCCUCCACCGAGGUGACCUGGUGGUUCUCGAUGGCGCGCCGGUUGGAGACUGGCUGCAGGGCCGAAGCUGCUGGGGCGCGCGGGGCUUCUUCCCGGCCUCCUGUGUCCGCGAGCUCAACCUCUCCUCACAGAGCCGGCAGUGGCACUCCCAGGGCGCCCUGCUCCAGACUCCAGAGCACUCCAUGGGACAGGCCCGGGCCUUGAUGGGGCUUUCUGCCCAGCUGGACGAGGAGCUGGACUUCAGGGAAGGGGACGUGAUCACCAUCACUGGCGUUCCUGAGCCAGGCUGGUUUGAAGGCGAGUUGGAGGGCCGGAGGGGCAUCUUCCCAGAAGGCUUUGUGGAGCUUCUGGGGCCCCUGAGGACGGUGGACGGGCUGGAAGGUUCUGGAAGCGCCGAUGACUUCAUGGUUAAUGGGGAGGCCGACUCUCCUGCGGGAGAGGAGGACGGGGCUCCGGGCGAGGACGACGAGCUGCCGGGGCCCUACGGGAUCGCCCUCUACAGGUUCCAGGCCCUGGAGCCCAGCGAGCUGGAUUUCGAGGUGGGCGACCGCAUCCAGAUUCUGGCGACCUUGGAGGACGGCUGGCUGGAAGGCUCCCUGAAGGGCAGGACGGGCGUCUUUCCUCACCGGUUUGUGCAGAUAUGUCCCGGCCCGAGGGUGGAGGGGGACGACGUGGCUCUGUCCCAGGAGGACAGCCUUGCAGAGACCCCCGGGAUGUCUCUGGAUGGUUCGGAGAGCUUCGCAGUGGAGGAAGAGGGCUGUGAAUCUCCUGGGUGCGAGGCCGAGGAGUCUGACUGUGUCACUUUUGAAACACCCGCCUCUCCCCUGGGUCUCCUGCUUCCCCCUGAGUUUGACGCACACGGAGACUCCUACCUGGGGGAAGGGCCCCUGGAGAGCCCCGACGUGGGGUGGGAAGCGCCUCCUGCCCGAGACCCGCACACGCCAGGCCCCGCAGAGGGGGUGGACAGCAUCUCCAGCCAGCCUCAGGCCCCCUGGCCCCCCCGCCUGCGGCCAGCCCCGUGCUACCCUGCCGCUGCUGGGGACCCCCCGCGCACGGGGCGGCAUCCUGAUCUCCUCGCUCCAGAAGCCAGACCCAGAGGCUACGCGAGCCUGCCUCCCCGGAGAACACACUCCCAGCCGGGGACCCUCCGGCCGCCGGGGCCCCCCAUUCACCGGAGAGCUUCCCUCUCAGCCUUGAGGAUGGCCAGACCCAGCCAACUGGGCUCUCAGCUGCAGGGCCUGGCGAGGUAUGCCAGGAAGCACCACGCGGCCAAGGAGAAGGCCUCCGGCAUGGACCCCGCCUGGGAGAGGUCAGCGGUACAGCCCGGCCUGCCAUGCCAGGGGCUGCCCCUGGACACAACAUCCCCGGCACUGGGGGACAGCAUCGACCUGGACUCCAAGUUGACGCAGCAGCUGAUAGAGUUUGAGAAGAGCUUGGCGGGACCCGGCACAGAGCCGGAUAAAAUUUUGCGCCACUUUUCAAUCACGGACUUCAACUCCGAGAGGGACAUCGUCCGCGGGUCCUCCAAGUUCGCCACCCAGCAGGAGCUGCCCGAGAGGAGGAGGGCCCUGAGGCCGCCGCCACCCCGUCCCUGCACCCCGGCGUCCUCGUCGCCCCACCUGCUGGCUGAUCAGGCCCUGAAGCCCGCACUGCCCUUGGCUGUGAGACCCUCGCGCCCGGCCCCCCUGCCUCCCUCGGCGCUGCCCCGAGCCAGUGUGGCGUCCCCCAAGCUCCUGCCCCGCCCCGGUCCCAGCCGGGAGGCCUCGGAAGGGGCGGGCCCUGCACCCGUGGAGAAGAGUCCGGACCAGACCCUGCCGUGUCCCUUGGUGCUGGUGAGGAUCCAGGAGAUGGAACACGACCUGGAGGCCUGCCGCCGGGCUCGGGAGGAGCUCGGCCCCACGCUGGAGAGGCAGGGUGACUCCCUGCGGGCGGAGACACCGGUGAGCCCCGAGAUCUACGAGACGAACCUGGAGAGCCUGAGUGCGGAGCUCCAGCAGCUGCGGGAAAUGACGCUUCUCUCCCCCCCGUCCUCGUCGGCGGCAGCCCCCUCUGGGUCUGUGUCCGCCGAGAACCCAGAGCAGAGAAUGCUGGAGAAGAGGGCCAAGGUGGUGGACGAGCUGCUGCAGACGGAGCGCGACUACAUCCGCGACCUGGAGAUGUGCGUCGCGCGGGUCAUGGGGCCCCUGCGGCGGGCUCAGGUGCCCAACAUUGAUUUCGACGGGCUCUUUGGAAACAUGCAGAUGGUGAUCCAGGUCUCGAAGCAGUUGCUGGCGGCUCUGGAGCUCAGCGAUGCUGUAGGACCUGUGUUUCUUGACCACCGGGAUGAGCUGGAGGGGACGUACAAGGUUUACUGCCAGAAUCACGAUGAGGCCAUCUCCCUGCUGGAAAUCUACGAGAAGGACGAGCGGGUCCAGAAGCAUCUUCAAGAUUCCCUGGCAGACCUCAAGAGCCUGUACAACGAAUGGGGAUGCACGAACUACAUCAACCUGGGCUCCUUCCUCAUCAAGCCCGUACAGAGGGUGAUGCGCUACCCGCUGUUGCUCAUGGAGCUGCUGAACUCCACCCCGGAGUCCCACCCUGACAAGGUGCCUCUCGCCAGCGCCGUCCUGGCGGUCAAGGAGAUCAACGUCAACAUCAACGAGUAUAAGCGGCGGAAGGACCUGGUCCUCAAGUACCGCAAGGGCGACGAAGACAGCCUCAGGGAGAAGAUCUCCAAGCUGAGCCUCCACUCCAUCCUCAAGAAGUCCAGCCGGGUCAGCAGCCACCUGAAGCACCUCACCGGCCUGGCGCCCCAGAUAAAAGACGAAGUCUUUGAAGAAGCAGAGAAGAACUUCCGAAUGCAAGAACGCCUGAUCAAGUCCUUCAUCCGAGACCUGUCCCUCUACCUCCAGCACAUUCGGGAGUCGGCGUGUGUGAAGGUGGUGGCUGCCGUUAGCAUGUGGGACGUGUGCGUGGAGCGCGGACACCGAGACCUGGAGCAGUUCGAGAGGGUGCACCGCUACAUCAGCGACCAGCUCUUCGCGAGUUUCAAGGAGAGGACGGAGCGGCUGGUCAUCUCGCCCCUAAACCAGCUGCUGGGCAUGUUCACGGGGCCCCACAAGCUGGUGCAGAAGCGCUUCGACAAGCUCCUGGACUUCUACAACUGCACGGAGCGGGCGGAGAAGCUGAAGGACCGGAAGACGCUGGAGGAGCUGCAGUCGGCGCGCAACAACUACGAGGCGCUGAACGCGCAGCUGCUGGACGAGCUGCCCAAGUUCCAGCGGCUGGCGCAGGGCCUCUUCACCAGCUGCGUGCACGGCUACGCGCAGGCCCACUGCGACUUCAUGCGCCAGCCAAGUUACAUGCUUCAGUCUGAAGAACUCCGGGCCUCCCUCCUGGCCAGGUAUCCCCCCGAAAAACUCUUCCAGGUGGAGCGGAACUUCAAUGCUGCUCAAGACCUGGACGUCUCGCUCCUGGAAGGGGACCUGGUGGGCGUGAUCAAAAAAAAAGACCCCAUGGGCAGUCAGAACCGCUGGCUGAUCGACAACGGAGUCACCAAAGGCUUUGUGUACAGCUCCUUCCUGAAGCCCUACAACCCCCGCCGCAGCCACUCGGACGCAUCCGUGGGCAGCCACUCCUCCACCGAGUCCGAGCCCGGCGGCUCCUCGCCCAGGGCCCCACGCCCCGAGGCGGCCGCAUACUCUGCAACGGGGCGAAAUGGGCCAGGACGGAACGGGCCGGGUCAAGACCUCGAGAAAGGAGGUGCCAGAGCAGCCCCGGCCCUGGGGGACGCACACACAGAGCUGGGAGGCAGCGAGACGCGGGGCAGCCAGGUCUAUUUUGCCGUCUACACCUUCAAGGCACGGAACCCCAACGAGCUGAGUGUGUCCGCCAAUCAGAAGCUGAAGGUCCUCGAGUUCAAAGACGUCACGGGCAACACGGAGUGGUGGCUGGCCGAGGCCAACGGGAAGAAAGGCUACGUUCCAUCCAACUACAUCCGCAAAGCCGAGUACACCUGA